UUGUGUUCGACCGAAUUUUCCUAAUAUGCAUUGCAUUUAUUGAAUGUGAGAAUUUGACCAAAUGCUCUUCCAUAAAUUGCUUUCAAUUUUCAUUAUUGAGGGAAAUAUUUAACCAAUUAAAAUACCAUUUGACAUUUAUGUUUGCGGUGUCACGAGACCAUCGAUAAACGCACACAAAUGUAAAACAAUUUAAUGAGACAAAAUGUGUGAGAGUGUGUAUUGUGUUGCGGUGUAUGUCCAGGAUGAAAACAAUGUGUUUAUCAAAUAGAUUACAUUACGUGUCUCAGUGAAUCGUCCUAUUCUUUUCAACGAUUCGAUUUGGACUGAAUAGAAAAAAAGAAACAAACCAAUUCCAUUGUCAAAUGGAUUUAACAAAUAUUUUGAUUGUGAUUUUUUUGCAUAUUGCUUUGGUCAUCGGUUCGCAAGAAACAAGUUCGAAUGAAGCCGAACAAGGCCCAAAACUAUUGAAUCAAAAAGCCUACGCCAAAUUAUUUAAGGAGAGACGAAAAGAGGGCAAAGAUCUACUGCAAAUCAUUAAGAAUGAGGGCACUUACGAGCGAAAGUACAAAUUGCUGGAAGGUGCAUAUGAAAAAUUGCUAAAUAUCCUGCAACAAACACAGCACAUAAUACAAACCAGCCGAUAUGAUCCAUUAGUUGAUAAAUUUCCACCAAAAGAUGUUCGUUUGUUCGAUGCCAUAACAGUAACGCUGGAAAAUACGUGUUUAUUUGGAGAGAUUUUAAUUCACAAUCCAGACAUUUCGUAUCGCAUGCUUGAGUCUCAGCAAUUGGGACCGGAUUGGAAGGAAUUGAUUAAUUGGUGUAUCAAAUACGCACGUCAAUUCAACGACAGAAUUAUUGACGACAAGAGUCAGGAGCUGUUGUGGUUAAUCGAUCAGGAAAUCAAUCCAGAGAAGCGAACAGAAAACUAUAUAAAUCCAUAUCGAAGUUCCGUUCACCAAAAAGACGGCACAAAAAAGCAAAAGAAAGCGAAAAAACUUGAACGCGGACCUCGCAUGGUAUCCCGCGAUGAAUUCUAAUAUUUAAAAUAACCGAAACUGUUUUUUUUUUGUCAA